AGUUUAGUAUAUUCUUACAAAAAUAAAUCACAACAACUUUUAAUGUACACAUACUAUCUAAAUUUAAACAUCUGAACUAUUGGUUAUAAAUUAUGAACCUCAUUGGCAAUUGAAACUUGUGCCCUGUGUCAACAGUCGAUGAUCUUGUGAUUAUCUAAGCUUAAUUGUGAUUAGCCAAAUAUAAGUUAGUUAUAUGAUAAUAUUACCUUACUGGUUAAAGAACUUGUCAGUGCAAGCAUGUUCUUAUCGAUUGCUCCGCCGUUGAUGGACUUUGAAGACGAAUUGCUUUGGAUUAACCAACUAAGCAACCAAAAUCUGACUGUGUUAUAUGAUAAAUCCAAUUAUGUUACGCCCAACACUAAGCUAUUAAUAGAGCAAGCUUUCAUACAGCCGCUCAGUUUGCAAGAUCAACAAAUUCUAUUUGAUGAUUUGCAGAAACAGAGUCGAAAUAUUGCACAUCAAUAUGGACUAACGCCGGCUAAACUACCUCAGCUUGUCGAAAAUAAUCCACUCAUUUCAAUUGAAAUUCUACUGAGGCUUAUGUUAAAUACCGACAUAACAGAAUACUUCAAUAUAUUGGUUAAUAUGGACAUAACUCUUCAUUCAAUGGAGGUUGUAAACAGGUUAACAACUUCUUGCCCUCUGCCGACUGAAUUCAUCCACUUAUACAUUAGUAAUUGUAUUUCUGCUUGUGAAACUGUUAAGGACAAGUAUAUGCAGUCGCGGUUGGUUCGAUUAGUUUGUGUCUUUCUUCAAUCCCUGAUUAGAAACAAGAUUAUUAAUGUUAAGGUGCUCUUUAUUGAAAUUGAAGCAUUUUGCGUUGGAUUUAGCAAGAUUAAGGAAGCAGCCGCUUUGUAUCGCCUUAUAAAGCACUUGGAAACCGGCGAUACUAUUCAGAGCGCAAAUUCCUUAACUAAAUAGUAAUUUUAAGACUGUAAAUAAU